AUGACUACCUCCCAGAAAGUGAUCGUUGUUGGCGGUGGAUUGUCCGGUCUGAGUGCUGCACAUACUGUCUACUUGAACGGUGGCAACGUAUUAGUCCUUGAUAAGCAAAAUUUCUUCGGUGGCAACUCCACAAAAGCUACAUCUGGCAUCAACGGUGCCUUGACGAGGACGCAGGUUGAUCUCGGCAUUGGUGAUAGUGUCAAGCAGUUCUAUGAGGAUACCUUGAAAUCUGCCAGAGAUAAGGCUCGCCCAGACCUUAUCAAGGUCCUUACAUACAAAUCUGCGGCUGCCGUAGAAUGGCUCCAAGAUAUCUUUGAUCUUGACUUGACACUUGUUUCGCGGCUUGGUGGCCAUUCGUUCCCUCGUACUCACAGAGGUCAUGAUGCCAAAUUCCCUGGCAUGGCCAUCACAUACGCUCUGAUGCAGAAAUUGGAAGAACUCACAGAAAAAGAACCGAACCGCGUGCAGGUCCUGAAGAAGGCCAGAGUGACUGGUGUCAACAAAGAGGGCAACAAAGUCACCGGUGUCACAUACGAGUACAACGGUCAGACGCACAGUGCUGAGGGUGUUGUUGUGCUAGCUACUGGUGGAUACGCCGCAGAUUUCACAGAAAACUCCCUUCUGAAGAAAUGGCGCCCCGAUACAUUCAACCUCUCCAGCACAAACGGUGUUCAUGCUACUGGUGAUGGACACAAGAUGUUGAUGUCCAUUGGUGCCAAUGACAUCGACAUGGAUAAAGUACAAGUCCACCCCACUGGCCUCGUGGAUCCUAAGGAUCCCGGCUCCAAAUGGAAGUUUUUGGCUGCUGAAGCGCUUCGUGGCGAGGGUGGUCUCCUGCUCAACAAAGAUGGCCAGCGCUUUGCUGACGAACUUGGCCACCGCGACUACGUUUCCGGCGAGAUGUGGAAGGAGAAGGAGAAGGGUAAAUGGCCCAUCCGCCUUAUUCUCAACAGCAAAGCUUCCAACAUUCUUGAUUUCCACACCCGUCACUAUUCCGGCCGUGGUUUGAUGAAGAAGAUGACUGGAAAGGAGCUUGCUCAAGAAAUUGGCUGCGGUGAUUCUGCGCUCAAGAGAACGUUCGAUGACUACAACCAAAUUGCCGACGGCAAGAAGAAGGAUCCCUUCGGCAAGAAAUUCUUCCACAACUUGCCAUUCUCUAUUGAUGACACUUUUCAUGUCGCUGUGAUGGAGCCAGUUCUCCACUUCACCAUGGGUGGUAUUGAGAUCAACGACAAGGCCCAAGUUUUUAACCAGGACGGCAAGCCAUUUGACGGCUUGUUCGUCUGCGGUGAGCUUGCAGGUGGUGUUCACGGAGCUAACCGUCUCGGUGGCUCUUCUCUCCUUGGCUGUGUCGUCUACGGUCGUGUUGCUGGUGACUCCGCCAGCGAGUAUCUUUUCCAGCAACUUCUUUCCAACCCAAGUGCAACCGCACAAACCCGUCUGAAUCAGAUCUCGUUGCACAUUGAUCCCUCCCAGCCUGGAAAGAUCUCGGUCGAAUGGACCGCUCCUGGCGAUGGUAAAGGCCAGGCAAGUAUCACUGCCCCAAAGCCUGAUACCUCUGCCGCCGCCCCUUCUGCAGCUCCAGCUGCUGCGCCCGCCGAAGCUGAGCCAGCUCCAGCUGCGGAUAUUUCUGAUUUCAAAGUUCCCGAGAAAGAGUUCAGCAUGGAUGAAGUUUCCAGACACAACAAGAAGGAUGAUCUAUGGAUCGUUGUUAAGGGCGUUGUGAUGGAUGUCAGCAAUUGGCUUGACGAACAUCCCGGUGGCCCGCAGGCUUUGUUUAGCCAUAUGGGUAGAGAUGCCACAGAAGAAUUCGAAAUGCUCCACGAUGACGAAGUCAUUCCAAAAUAUGCCUCCGAAAUCGUCAUUGGACGUGUCAAGGGACAGACUCCGAGCCUGAAGUUUUAA